GACUGCAAAAGGAAAGAAAAGCAGGUUGUAACAGGUGAGGGCUGGCAUAUGGUGAAGCUAAUCAAUAGCACAGAACUGUAGUUUCAGUUUACAUUGAAAUAGAAGUUGGCUUUGCUUAAGUAAAGAAAACAGUGUGGGCUGGGCUGUGUACUUUCUGUCAAGAGCUGCACAAAAGAUGAGGAAGUUUUUGCUCUCCAGAGACGCAAGUGUUUACCUGCCAGAUGUAGCUGAGCAACCUGGAAGCUCUCUGUAUUUACAAGGAGGAGGAAUUCAGAUGGACUGACAGCCAGGCUGAGGGAAGUCUCCAAAGCAGCUGGCGUUGAACCAUGACCCUUUUCCUCUUGUUUCACCAAGGAGGAGGAUGAAACUAGUCGGCAACUUCCCUCUGCCCCUACUCUAUGCUGACCAGCAAUGGAAAUCAACGGAAUGUGACCCUCAGUACAAAGGUGGGAAAAAACUCAAACUGGAAGGCAAAGAUUUGAUGUCAGUGCCUCGCCAGAUCUUUGCACUGCAAGGAUUGCGAGUUUUGGAGAUGACUCCGGAACGAGAGAGCUGCCUGAGGUACAGGAUGGAUCUCGUCCCUCAUGAGAUUGGCCACUUGCAAAACCUGGCCUUGCUCUACCUGGACUCCAACAACCUGAAAGAGGUCCCUGCUGAGAUAGGCUCCUUAGGCAAGCUGGAGAGGCUCACCCUCAGCAACAACAGCAUAACCUCUCUGCCUGAGGAAAUAGGAGGGCUCCAGAAGCUCCAUAGCCUCCAUUUGGCAAACAACAGCCUGGCAGAGCUCCCUACACCUGUUUGUCAGCUGAGGAACCUGGUUUUCUUAGAUGCUACUGAUAACCACAUCAGCACCAUCCCUGACACCAUUAAGCAGCUGCAGAAACUGGAAACGCUGCUGCUGCUUUUCAAUUCUCUCAGGCAUCUGCCAAGGGGAGUCUGUUCCUUAAAGACCUUGAAGACUCUCUGGCUAGGACAGAACAACCUCAAGGCUCUCCCAUCAAACUUUGGUCAGCUGGUAAACUUGGACUGGGGUUCAAAUUACUGUUCCUGCAGUUUUGAAGGGAAUCCUUUGGUGCAACCACCUCCUGAAGUGUGCAGUGGAGGACCUGUUGUGAUCAGAGAGUAUUUUGCCUCCUUAAGGGGAUAGAAAUCUAUGUGUAGGAUUGUGUAGGGUAGGAUCUAUGCUACGCAAUCAUGCUCUGAUGCCACCAGGAUCCUAUCUCCGCUGGAAAAAUGUUUCUCAUUUUCAAGUGGUUCAUUGCAAUGUGUCCUAUGCAUUGGCUCUGAAUUUGCAUUGCAUAUGUUCUAAUUAUGGUUAUAUAUUUUUAAUAUUUUAAUUAGGUUGUUUUAUUGUGUGUUUUAAUUAUGGAUAUUUAUACCUUGAGGCUUGUAUAAUUGGUUUUUAUUGCUGCAAACGACCUAAGGAGCACCCUCCUAGCAAGAUCUACCAGGAGGAGCAGGUUAGGAUCUAGAUGAUCUCUUGCUGAGCUGAGAGGUCCAUGAUGCAGCUGGGCUAUGCUGGCUUAAAUCCUGCAUCCUUGCACCCCACCCAUACAGCAUGCAGCUGGAUGAGCCAAACCUGGCUGAUCUGAAACUGGUGUAAGCCCUGAAAAGAGGGUAUUCUGGUAGGGUUGCUAUGUGCCCUCUUUUUCCAGGACACGUCCUCUUUUUCCUCUUCUCUUCUCUUCUCCUACCCCCCUCAGCAACAUAUUACAGCCUCUACAGCCUACACAUAGAUGGGGUUUUUAAAAUAAGAGUCAUCAUAGCAUCCUCUUUUUUGCUCUUCAAAAUAUGGCAACCCAAUUCUGGGGAAAUAGAACUGGGGAGGGGCAGGACUUAAGCUGAGCACGUGACCUGGCACCCCGGUGUAAACUAAGCCAUCAAAAUGGAUGGUGUAACGCCAGCACUAUUUUAAAGGGUUAUUUUCCUUUUGCCAGGCUUCCCUUUGCCUCAGUCAGCAGUAGCAACACUUCUCUGGUGUAACUUUACACCAGAUUGAUAUACAUUGGCUUCUUGUGAAAAGGAUUGCUCUCUUAGCAGUAAGCCAGGCAUUUUUAUUUUUAUUUUAAUGUACAGUGGUGCUUCUACUUACGAAUAACCCUACUUACGAAUGUUUCUACUUACGAAUGGAGCUCCGUCCGCCAUCUUGGAUGCGGUUUAGAUAGGAUUUUUUCUACUUACGAAUUUUUAGAUAAGGUUGCUUCUACUUACGAAUUUUUUUCUCCCAAUGCAUUCCUAUGGGAUUCGACUUACAAUUUUUUUCGACUUACGAAUGUGCAUUUGGAACACAUUAAAUUCGUAAGUAGAGGUAACACUGUAGAUUAUAAUUCUGGAUAUCUAUAUCCUAAUGCUUCUUGUAAUUGGUUUUAAUACAAACCACUUAGAAUUAUGUUUCGGCAUUAAGUGGCAUUCAAGUUAAAAUGUUGUUGAUGAUGAUGAAGAAAAGGAAGAUGUAAUUGUUUAUUACAUAUUGUAAGUAUAAAUGUUUAUAUUUUAAUGUUUGUUUAAUGGAUUUUUAUUCCUGUAAAUCACAUAGAAAACAAUUUUGCCAUUAAGCAGUAAAUAUAUAUAAUAUUAAAUAACAACAACAGCAACUGUGCAAUACUGCCAUGUUUGGGGGAAUAAGCUCUGCAGAUGGUAAUAGAAACUUUCUAAUUGCAACAUUCUUAACCCUUACUAUUAGUAAGCAGCAGGUAGGUAGCCUGUGUCUGAAUCUGUGGGGCAGAAUGAGGUUGCAGCAUCUCUAUUUAGGUCACCCAUGUAGGCACCUCUGGUGGACAGCAGCUGUCCUCUGUCCCAGCAGGUUAUGGCUCAUGAAUUUUAAAAGCCAAGUUUUGAUCCAGCAUGCUGAGCAGUGCCCAGACAGUUAGGUCUGCCUGCUAUUUUAAUUUCCCACCAUGAUCGAGACGGAUGCUAUACGGGGUAAAUUGUAAGCAGUUAAAAUGUUGCCUGGGCCCAGCAAUUCCAUCCUCUUUGCACCGCUUGUGUUGCCUGCUGCCGUGUAAGCUCAGAGGGACCACCAGUGGAGAAUGGGGAGAGGGCGGGAUGACACCUUUUUGUCCACAGUCAGGAGCCAGCGUUGCUUUGUACUGAAGUAGAAUCAAGGACACUGCUAAAGUAGGCUUCCCGCUUGCCCAAAGUGUCCUACUUGCAGGGCCGGUGCAUCCAUUUAGGCAAACUAGCCUGCCCCCCCGCUGCCCCCCGCUGCUGCCACAGCCAGUCAAGGAGA